GCUUGUUUCGAGACAAUACUGUACUAUGUGCUAUUACGAAGGUGGAAUGCACGGUCAACCUGUUGAAGUUAACCUUUUAACUGUCAUGCCCGAGAUAAUCUCGAGCACAGCACUGGUGUUCGAAAAUGUCACGCCCGAGUAUCACUCGGGGUAAUUUUUUUUUGAGUGCAUCGUAUUGUUAUACCCGAAUAUAUAUCGGGAGACGUUUAUUUCGGCUUCAUCUCUUUGUCAAACCCGACUGUAUCUCAGGAAAAGUUAAUGUGCGCUCAAUUCAAUAGAUGGCAGCACUGAAGAUUUCUAAGGUUAGUGUUAGAAGUUCUUCCCUUCAAAAUGCGCGGGACCUUUUGGUUGCAAAAUGGCGUCCCGUUCCUUGAAACGUCAUAUAGAUGAUUUAGAUUCUUCAACCGAAGAUGAAGAUUUUGAAGGCAUUGAUACUAGUGACGCAGGUGAAACUGAGGAGAGUGACAUUGAAAAUAGCAGUGCAUCAAUGGAUAGCGGUGAUGAUGAUAUAGGAAAUGCGCGAGACUGGUGUGAAAUAACUGCUUCUGGCCGAUCAGGUCCCCCUAGGUUCCCUUUCACAGGUACUCCAGGUGUAACUUUUCCUGUAAACAUAAACUACACUCCUUUAGAUAUUUUAGAAAUGUUUCUGGAUUCAAAUCUAAUGGAUAUAAUUGUCAAAGAAACAAACAACUAUGCAGAACAAGAAAGAAAAGCAAAUCGGGCAAAGUUAUCAAGGUGCUCCCGCAGUAAAAAAUGGAUCCCUACAAAUGUCAGAGAAAUGAAGCUAUUCUUUGGGCUAAUAAUUCUUCAAGGUAUUGUCCGAAAACCAAAUCAGGCUAUGUACUGGUCUCAUCGAAGGAUUUUGCAUACUCCAGUUUACUAAAAAGAAAUAGUACUGUCUUCAAUCAAUUGUAUACAAAUUAUGGAUUUUCUACAAAAGUCGUCAUGAAUCUAUUGCAUCGCUUUCUUGGAAAUGGUUAUUGUGUGACUGUAGAUAACUAUUACAUGUCGCCCGAGCUUGCAGAUUUACUUAUAGCCCAAAAAACAGAUAUUUAUGGCACAGUAAGAAUAAACAGACGAGAUUUACCUACAGAAUUCGCUAAAAGAAAAUUACAAAAAGGUCAAAUCGUAGCUUUUCAAAGAGGUAAGAUUUUGGCUAUAAGGUGGAAAGAUAAGAAGGACGUGUGUUUGAUGAGCAGUAUUCAUGAUACUUCCAUGGUCAGCUUCAAAAAUAAAAAAAAUGAAGAUAUACUCAAGCCAAAGAUUGUUUCUGACUACAAUCUAACUAUGGGUGGUGUAGAUCGCUGUGAUCAGGAAAUAUCCUUUCAUCCAACAAUCCGAAAACGUCAGAAAAAAUAUUAUAAAAAGAUAUUUUUACAUUUACUAGACAAGAAUUUCGAAUCCAAGUUGUAGAAGAGCUUUUACAUAAAUAUGAUGAUGCAGCUUCUGGACAAAAGAAUGCUGGCAGACCACCUACAAUAGAUAAUCCUGCCCGUCUUACUGAACGACAUUUUAUACCCCAUAUUCCUCCUACUCCUGCGAAACGUGAGCCUACAAGACAGUGCAAAGUGUGUUGUUCGAAAAAGGAUAAAGAUGGGAAAAAGAUAAGGAAGGAAACACGAUUCUGGUGUAGUGAUUGUGGAGUUGGUUUGUGCUUGGAAAAGUGUUUCCAGUUGCACUACACGAGACUGAAUUACUGAACUACUAAUAG